AUUACUUCAAGUUGUAAAUCUUGCCAUAUAUGAUUCAUAUUACUGUUAAAAGUUGAAUCUUUAUAUUUGUAUAUCUUAGCGCUAUUCAAUCUAUUUUUCCGCUUACGGCAAAUUUAUCCCGCUCACUAAAGAGAAAUCAGUCAGCAGAAAAUCUCAACUAUAAAAUGGAUGGUUGAAAAAUUCAAACCCCAAUAAUCUUCCUUUGAUAGACUCUAUAGACCCUUAUACAACUUACAACAAGCUAUGGUUCAUACUGCAGAAUAUUUGCCAGCCACUGGAACCAACAUUGGUUCAGUGUUACAAGGGGGAUACAAUCAUCCAUUAUCAAGAGAAUGGCAAAAUGAAAGACAAUUAACUAAAAAUAUGUUCAUAUUUCCAUUAUUCAUUAGUGAUGAUCCUGAAGAAGAAAGUAUUAUCCCAGCAUUACCUAAUAUUAAAAGAUACGGUACCAAGACAUUAAUCCCUUAUGUGAAAACCUUAGUUGAAAAAGGAUUAAGAUCAGUUAUAUUAUUUGGAGUUCCUUUAAAGGAUGGGGUUAAAGAUGAAGUAGGCACUGCAGCCGAUGAUCCAGAAGGUCCAGUUAUAACCAGUAUUAAAUUACUUCGUCAACAUUUCCCUGAUUUAUUCAUCAUGUGUGAUGUCUGUUUAUGUGAAUAUACAAGUCAUGGACAUUGUGGGAUUUUAUAUGAAGAUGGAUCCCUUAAUCGUGAAAUCUCCGCGUUAAGAAUUGGACAAGUUGCCGUGAAUUAUGCUAAAGCAGGGGCUAAUUCAGUUGCUCCAUCCGAUAUGAUUGAUGGUCGUAUUAAAGAUAUUAAAGUAGGAUUAAUUAAUGCUGGUUUAGCUCAUAAAUGUUUAGUUAUGUCUUAUGCUGCUAAAUUUAGUGGAGGAUUAUAUGGACCAUUUAGAGAUGCUGCUGGUAGUGCUCCAAGUCAUGGAGAUCGUAAAGCAUAUCAAUUACCUCCUGGUGGGGCUGGAUUAGCUCGUCGUGCUUUAUUAAGAGAUAUGGAAGAAGGUGCUGAUGCUGUUAUUGUUAAACCUUCUACAUUUUAUUUGGAUAUUAUUAGUGAUGCUAGUAAAUUAUGUAAAGAUUAUCCAAUUUGUGCUUAUCAUGUUAGUGGAGAAUAUGCUAUGUUACAUGCAGCUGCUGAAAAAAAUAUUGUUGAUUUAAAAACAAUUGCAUUUGAAAGUCAUCAAGGAUUUUUAAGAGCUGGAGCAAGAUUAAUUAUUAGUUAUUUCACUCCAGAAUUCUUAGAAUGGUUAGAUAAUUAAAUAUGUAAAUAAUUUUAAAUUAAUGAUAAAAAGAGAUUAAAUGUAAAUAGUAUAUUAAUAACA